AUGGAUGCUGAAUCCAAUAAGCAGACUGGUCUUUAUCAAGGUCUGCUUGCAGGUAUAGCUGUCGGUAUCGUCUCAGUGGUGGCUAUUCUCACUGGAGUUGCUUGGUGUAUGCCCCGAAAGAAGAAGCUUAAGCAAGAACCGAGAUCCACUGAAGUCGUAUACCAACAACCUCCUGCAUUUGCAGGAUUUCAUAAGUUUCAUAGAAUUCAGUCCAAAUACGAAAUGGACGCCAGCAGAAGGAUCAACGAAUACGGACACCAGGAUGAACCUGUACAAGAAUUGCCAUAG